AACAGUAGCCAUCAUUACACCCUUCUUCAACAAGGUGCUGGAAAAUAUGAAGACAGUGAGGAAAGCGAUUUCUCCCAAAAGCGACGUCUGUCAAGCCAGCCAAGGAACGGAGUCUUCCCAAGAAGAAACGGAAAACUUAGAGCCUUGGUCGCGCAUUUUUGAUGAAGCCGAGAAACGCCACGAGACCCAGCUCAACGCAUUGAUCAAUGAGUACGAAGGGAACGGAGAUUCAGAAAAUGUGGCUCGUAUUGCAGCCGAGAACGCUCUUGUUCCUGUUUACAGAAAAGAGCUAAGAAAAGUACUCUUAUAG